UAGAUGGACUUCUUGAUGGUGUCCUAAAGCGAAACAGGCUUUAAAAUGGUAAUACACGGUUACGGGAACAACGUCCCUCUCCAAUGCCCAGUCGUGGGCCGCAUGGAGGAUAUUGGAUGGAAUUUGCAGUGUCCAAUGACAGGCCAGUGGUCUAGACAGCCAGUGAACAAUGUGGCUCUUAGUGCUCCGAGUGUUUACCGUGAAAUCCCUCCAGUGGAGUGCUAUCCUGGAAGCUAUUACGCCCCUAAAGCGCAGUAUUUUCCUCCCCAAGUGGCAUAUCCUCGGACGGUUCCACAAUACCAGGCGCCUAUUAUGCCAAACUUACCGUGUAACCAGGCGCAAGAGUGGGAUUAUGGGAGUAUGUGCUACAACGUGAAUGGCCAGCCUUGCCAGUACACCAACGUUGUCGACUUGGAAGAUUUUAUGAACAAUGAGAAACGCAAGGAGAAAUCCCGCGUCGCGGCGAGAUGUCGCCGCACGAAGGAGAUGCAGAUCUUCUCGGAGCUGAUGGAACAGUUGCCCGCCAAGAAGGAGGAGGUGGAACAGCUCGACAAGGCCUCCGUGAUGCGUCUCGCUAUAUCCUACCUCAGGGCCCGUGACGUGGUUUCACUGCUCCCCAAUGCUACGCAGGACCAGCCGAAAAUGGAAAACCCCAAAGGCGUGGAAGAACUGUCUUCAGAGCUGUCCUACAUGAAGGCUUUGGACGGGUUCGUCCUCGUGCUGUCCCAGCAAGGCGACAUCGUUUACUGUAGUGAAAAUAUCGCCGAUCACCUUGGUGUCUCACAGAUGGAAAUUAUGGGUCAAAGCGUGUUCGAGUUCAGCCAUCCCUGCGACCACGACGAGAUACGCGAGGCUCUCCGCUCAAACGGUCAGCAAGAUGGACGGCGCGAUCUGCUGCUCCGUCUAAAGUGUACGCUUACCAGCAAGGGACGCAAUGUGCAUCUCAAGUCCGCUUCUUUCAAGGUUAUCCACGUAACGGGCCACAUGCUGGUCCCCCCAGAGACCAAAAAACCCGAGAAGUCGGAAGGAGAAGACAAGAAAGACGAGAAUUCCGCCAAGCUGCCUUCGCUGGUCGCAGUGGGCCGUCCCAUACCCCAUCCGUCUAAUAUAGAGAUACCGCUGGACAGCAAGACUUUUCUGACCAAGCACAGCCUUGAUAUGAAGUUCACAUACAUUGAUGAAACUCUGACGAAGACGCUGGGUUUCGGCAAGGACGAGUUGGUGGGUCAUUCCCUUUACGACUACCACCACUCGGCUGAUUGCGCAUCGUUGGUUCAUCAAUUCAAAUCACUGUUCUCCAAAGGACAAUGCGAGACAGGCCAGUACCGCUUCCUCGCCAAGACUGGUGGCUACGCCUGGGUUCAAACCCAGGCCACCGUCAUCACAGACAAGCAGCAGAAGCCUGUCAGCGUCGUCUGCGUCAACUACAUAAUAAGCGCUAUCGAGUGCAAAGAUGAGGUGUUCUCCGCACACCAACUCCAACAUGCGGACUUGAAGCUUCUGUCCGUACCGCCUGCCGCAUUUGAGCCUCCAGCGAACGGAGCCAUAGUAGCUGUGGUGCCUGCUACAGAAGAAAUAUUUGCACCAAGGGAGAAAAACAUGAACAAGGGUUAUCUCUCGCUAGCACAAUCCAAGGGUCAUACAAUGCUUAAAGACGAGCCUGAUGAAGAGGAUCUUACUUAUCUGGCGCCUACGGCCGGUGACACUUGCAUCCCACUGGAGAACAGUCCGUUUGAUAUGUUCGAUGACUUCAUUCUUACCGACAAUUACUGCAGCCUGUUAGGCGACGACCUUGCUAAUGGUUCACCUGUGGAUUCCUUAACUGCCGAUUCUUUAUUACUGUCCUCACCUGAACCUCAGGAGAGUGACUCAUCAUGCGAACAGUCGUCAGUACUGACAGAACUUUCUCUGGAUGCAUUAGAUAGCGUAAGAUCAGACAACGAGAUAGACGAUGGACACUCACCGUUCAUCCCCCUCACAGAUGAGUUGCCAGUAUUGGAGCCGGCGGUCAUGUGGGCGGCGUUCCCAGAUAACGUCAGCAUGGCUAGACCACAGCCGACAACCACACAGACGCAACAGAGCACUUCGCCGGCCCCGGCGCUACAGCGCCUAUUGGCCGCGCCGCCCACAGGCCCUCCGCCACAGGAUCUCAUUACAAGCAUAUACUCAGAUCAAGGUUUAAUACCAAGUAGAAGCGUGUCGUCAUGGGAGACAGGCGUCAAACGCGUGUUAAACCAGGAAGAGGAGCCCCGGGCCAAACGUACCAAGCGCAGCCCGUCCCCGGCUUUGGAAGUACGGAGCACGCCGUCCUCGAGCGUCCUCAUGAACCUCCUGGAUGUACCGCAGCCAAUGCAGGUGAAUCCGGGCCUGUACAGGUUGGUGGUCAACCAGGAGAUGCCGAUCAACAACAUCGUCCCCGCGCCGGUCAUGAACCUAAUGCAGAAACCCCUGAAACACAUACACAAUUCAAACCUCAUACCGAGCUCUAAUCUUAUACCGAAGUCUAACAUGAUACCCUCAAAUCUGAUACCAACUUCAAACUUGAUACCGAAGUCAAACAUGAUACCGACCCAAAAUCUGAUACGUAAAGUCACUAACCCUAUGUCUCCACUUACACUUAAUGUAGAGAGCCCGAUGUAUUCGCUCCCGUCGAGCCCUAAUACUCCCAAUUACAGUCCAGCCAUGAGUCCCGCCCAAAGGGAGCGCGUGCUGAGCCCGUAUCGUCCCCAAUCUGUGUCGCCUGUCGGUAAAUUUAAGCAGAUGUACAGCCCCGGUAGACUUCUGUCGCCCAUAGGCGUCAUACACGGCAGCGAUCCGUAUUUGACCAAUAAAAUGAUACCGAGUCCUAACUACCCGCAGCAAGUCGAUAUGCUCAUAGACAACAAUAUAGGUCUUACAUCGAACGACUUCUGGACCGAUACAGAAAUGUUGACAGAAACCAAUCUUCUUGAAGCUUUAGACGACGUUAAACUCGUCUAGAACUUGUAAUUUGGAGUGAUUUCUCAAUCGAUAGCUGAAUUACGAGUAAUUGACAUAACACCUAAUAUAUGAUGCUAUCAAAUCACGAGAACCCCUCGAACCCAGAUCCGCGUUCCGUACGCGAAAUGUUUGACAUUUUAUUCGAGGUCUCAUUUUUGUAGGAAUCACACAAGCGGAUGCAGGGUCUGAAAGGAUAGGGAACAAUAAAACGGUAAUUGUAAAACCAACAGCAUUAUAUUUUCACAGAGCGCAAGUCGGUACAUAGCUGUUUUUAAUCGACCUCCAAUAUGGAUAAGACGAGGUUUUCAAUUUUUUCUUACGAUACCUACUUCAGAAUCUGUCAUUUAUUAACCUAAGUAUUUGAAAGCUGAAACGUAAUGAUAGCACCGAUUUAAAUUGGGUAUCAAAAUGCUUAAUUUAGUAAAAACUUUUCCGAAAAAGCAUUGUAGUAUAUCGGAAUCCGAAAUGACGUAACAAUAAUAUACCUACAUGUGACUUAGCAAGGAAAUUUCAGUCUUAAGGACAUUGUUAUAAAAAACUGUAUGUGUAAUAACGCUGUCAAAUAGAUUUUAAUUUUAGCAUAAUGAUGAAAACCGGCCAAGUGCGAGUCGGACUCGCGUUCCAAGGGUUCCGUACAUUACACAAUUUUUAACAAUGUAUUUUUAUGUGAAACGUGAGUGAAAUGUUUUUAAAAAAUCCGUAGGGGUCGGAUCAAAAACUAAAUAAUUAAGCCCGACUCAUGCUUGACUGCACAUUUCUAAUAGGUUUUCCUGUAAAUAACUAUUUUGUGUAUUUUUUUUCAAAAUUUUAGACCCAGUAGUUUCGGAGAUAAAGGGGGGUAGCGGUAAUUUUUUGACUAUUUUCUUAAAUAACUUCUAAACUAUUUAUUUUAAAAUUACAAUAAAAAUAUAUUUGAGAUUCUCACAACGAGUUCUUUCAUUUGAUAUGUAACACGAUAUAGUUUAAAUAACUUUGUUUUUUAAUUUUCUCAUUUGCCCCCCAAAAGUGGCCCCCAUGUUAAAAAUUCAUUUGUUUACGUUACAUGUCCGUCUUUGGGUCACAAACUUAAAUUUCAACUUAAUUAGUCCAGUAGUUUCGGAGAAAAUAGGCUGUGACAGACGGACAGACAGACAGACGCACGAGUGAUCCUAUACGGGAUCCGUUUUUUCCUUUUGAGGUACGGAACCCUAAAAAUGAGCGUAUUAUUAUAUGUUUAAGAGAAGAUCUUUAUAUCCUUUAUAGUGCAAGUAACGGUCAUAUUAUUGUGCAUCUAAUGGCUGGCUAGAAUUGAAACCUUGAAACGCAAUCAAGAGAAUCUUAUUUGCAGCAUUAUUCAAUUAAAUUUAGUUCUGCCAUCGAUAUGUAGCUUUUAUCCUCCAAUAGAAUAUGAUUCAAACAAUUGAAAGAAAAUUGGCGUAUGUUUUUAAUUAAAUUUAGUGUCAUAAAUUCUCAUUUAGUGGCGAGGUCUAAUAUUUUCAUAUUUUUAUAACGUAGGUAUGGAGUAAAUUAUUAGAUACAUUCGUAAUUUAAGAAAACUGUCAUUUUAAUGUACUGAAAAAUGUAUUAUUUCCAAAUGUAUAUACAUAAAGUUCUUAUAAAUUAUAAGUCGUACAUAUAAAAACUAGAGAUGCAACGGAUAGUUGUUUGGCCGGAUACCGGAUGUUCGGCCUGACAAUCGGCCGAAUAUUCGGUAUCCGGCCGCCGAAUGUGCGGCCGGCGGAACUAUACCUACAUUUCGGAAUUUCGCGACUUUUGUUGCCCGUUUAGUCUUUUCUAUGGGACCGCGGCGGCACGUGUUUGGUAAAAAUUUUUAAAAGUUGUCUACAGCGUAUCGAAAUGGGUUCCCCACAUACAUGAAAAGUACGCAAUUACAGUUUGGUAUAAGAAAUUUCCAAAUUCAACCAUUAAGAGUCGACGAGUAGAAAGAAAUAAUUUGUUUGAUCAAAAAACAUAUACUCACUUAGCAUUUAAGGAUUAUAUAUUUUGUUACGACGGUGUCGUACCGAGUCUACGUGUAAUAUUUUGUUAUAGGUAUAAGCAAAGAUAAUUAAUUCGGUAGUUUUAUAUUUUGGGUAUUAUAAGAUCUAUUAUAACAAAAAUGUUACAAGAAAUUAGCACCUAUAAUCUGCGUAUAACGUAACAUCUAUAGUCUGGUCAACCAUACGUGCCAAUAAAACAUGUCAAAUAUUUAUUCAAUCCUUUCCUUAGAGCGAUAGUAAGAAAUUACUGGAAUCUUUAAAAUAAGAAAGUUACUGUGGCAUUAUUGGCUGUCCCGACUAUAAUUACCGACUUAAAAAGAAGUAUAUCGAUUUUUUUGAAAUUGUACUUGUUUCUUCUUUUAAAUAUAUUUUUUCUUGUUCUAAAAAUAUCUAGAGCUAAUUAUUUUCUAUACAACUUAUAAUCGAUACUUCUGUCUUGGCUCGAAUAACAACUGUGGUUAUUUAUCUUCUGUUACCUACGUAGUAUUACAUAAUAUUGUGUGUCCACAGAACGUAAACUUCAAGACAAGUACAAUGUAUUAACCUACAGAGAAAUAUUAACUUAUCGCAAAUAAAUGCAAUUAGUUUUCAUUUACAUCUAAUCUCGUUGGUUAUAUUAAUUAAGUUAUAAUUUAAGAUAGUUUUAAGAUUGGAUUGUUUAUAAUGUUUUAUAGGUGAACAUAGCUAAGCAUUUUCUGUCGUUAUGUCGUUGGUGUUACGAAGGCCCGCCUGAUGUAAAAAAGAUCGAUUAUGGACUAUGGAAAUAGUUGAUAAUUCUAUAAAACAACAGUUAUCAUAGUUAAAGUUAACCCAAAUAGGUAUAUUCUGAGUAAGGAAUAGAGAAAGCAAAAUUAACUUCUAGCGGUUUUGCAAUCUCCAUUGAAAAAUAAAACAUAGGCUACUGCUAAUUUUCAUGUCUAACAAAUAACUUAAAUAAGUUUUUAGCAUACGGUUUACGUUAAGAAUUAUAUAUUGUAUACUAUAAAGUCAAUUCUUUAUGAAUUAUUUCAAAUUACGUCUGCCUUGUGCCAUAAAACAUUUUGUUAACCCUUGAAUGCAUGAUUUUUUCUUUUUGCCUGAAAUUAAAAUCUGUGUUACGUAAUUGUUUGCCGAUUAUAAGAAAAAAUUUAAAAAAAUAUGACAUCGAUUUGCACUGCAAAAUCAGUGUUAAAAGUUGCAUAGGCUAAAUCAUAUUUAUGUAAAUAUACAAUUUUCAGUAAGAGAUACCUACAUGAAAAAUCUUACUACCAUCAGAAAGGUAGGUACACUAUUUGUGAUAUACCUAUGAUAACGUUUUUAAAUAUAAAAUAAUUACAUACCCCGAAAAAAACGUCCAAAAUCACAUACUAGAAAUCAUCAACUUCUGGAUUUUUCUAAGUUUUCCGAAAUUUCGUCUUAAAACUAAUUGUACCUAAUUUGUAUAAAAUUAAAUACUGCGUAAAUUUAGUAAAAAAAAACGGAAAACUGAUUAUUUUUACUAUUGAAAUUAAUAUAAUGUAUAGAAACAAAUAGAUUUUAUCUAAUUAUGUAUGAAAUUAGAUGUUUUUGUUGUGUAGGCUGCAUCCUACACUAUGCACUUAAGGGUUAACUACCUUCUGAUACUGACUUGAGAUGAAAGGGCGAAUUAUAUUAUCAAAUUUUGGAAGUAUAUUGAAACGAAAUUGUAAAUAAAAUUCAUAUUGUUUUAUAAAAUACACGAGUAUUUAGAUAUUAAAUUUAUUGUCUUUAA